AUGGAACAAUAUAACCAAUCAAGCCUGGCUGAAUUUGCGCUCCUUGGCUUCCCCAAGGUGGGCUAUAUCAGGGACUGGCUUUUUGUUCUGCUGUUGUUGGCUUACCUGUUAACCAUCUGUGGCAACAUGCUUAUCUUCUUAGUUAUACGACUGGAUGCAGCCCUGCACACGCCCAUGUACCACUUUGUCAGUGUUCUCUCUUUUUUGGAAUUGUGGUAUACAACCACCACCAUCCCCAAGAUGCUAGCUAAUCUUCUCAGUGAGAAGAAGACUAUUUCUUUUGCAGGAUGCCUCCUUCAGACCUACUUCUUCCACUCCCUGGGGGCCUCUGAAUGCUACCUUCUUACAGCCAUGGCCUAUGAUCGAUACCUGGCCAUCUGCCGGCCCCUCCACUAUUCUGCAAUUAUGACUACCACACUCUGUGCCAAGAUGGCAGCUGGCUGUUGGACUUGUGGCUUCUUGUGUCCCAUUUCAGAGGUCAUCCUAGUCUCCCAGCUCCCCUUCUGUGGCUACAAUGAAAUCCAACACAUCUUCUGUGAUUUUCCACCUCUGCUCAGCUUGGCCUGCAAGGACACAUCCACUAAUGUUCUGGUGGACUUUGCCAUUAAUGCCUUCAUCAUCCUUAUCACCUUUCUCUUUAUAAUGAUUUCUUAUGGAAGAAUCCUUGGGACUGUGCUGAAGAUAAAAACAGCAGCAGGAAGGAAGAAGGCCUUCUCUACAUGUGCCUCGCAUCUCAUUGUGGUCCUCAUUUUCUUUGGGAGCAUCAUCUUCAUGUAUGUGCGGCUAAAAAAGAGCUAUUCAUUGACCCUUGACCGGACACUUGCUGUAGUUUACUCUGUACUGACACCACUAGUCAACCCAAUUAUCUACAGUCUUCAUAACAAGGAGCUCAUUAAAGCUAUCAAGAGGAUCAUCUUUUGGAAGGGGAGAGAAGCUAAUGUCACUAACCACUGA